CGCCGCUGUACGCUUUGUAGUGCCAAAAAACCAGAUACAAGCAAAUAGCGUCGUCCUCCCAAAAUCGGACCCAAACCCUAAAACCAAAUCCAACGAACAGCUCGAAGACGAAGAAACCUGAGCUCCGAUCAUGGCCUUCGCCUCUCGCUUCUUGUCCAAAUCCAAACAGCUGUCUGGUGGCCAGAUCCUUCUGCAACGAGAGCAUGCCGUUCCUGUCCGUUUUUUUGCCAAAGAAGCAGCUCCUGCAGUUCUUAAGGGAGAUGAGAUGUUGAAGAACAUUUUCUUGGACGUGAAGAAAAAGUUUGAGACAGCCAUGGGGAUCUUGCGAAAGGAAAAGAUCACCAUAGAACCUGAGAAUCCAGCAGCCGUAGAGCAAUAUGCUAAAGUCAUGAAGACUGUUAGAGAAAAGGCAGACUUGUUCUCAGAAUCGCAACGAAUUCAAUACACCAUUCAAACUCGAACACAAGGUAUUCCAGAUGCUCGAACAUAUCUGUUGACAUUGAAGGAGAUUCGAGUCAGGAGGGGCCUCACUGAUGAGCUUGGUGCAGAGGCUAUGAUGAUGGAUGCUUUGGAAAAGGUAGAAAAGGAAAUUAGCAAACCACUCAUGAGGAAUGACAAGAAAGGAAUGGCUCUUCUUAUGGCAGAGUUCGAUAAGAUCAAUAAGAAACUUGGAAUCCGGAAGGAGGAUCUGCCGAAAUAUGAAGAACAGUUGGAACUCAAAAUUGCGAAAGCUCAGUUGGAGGAGCUCAAGAAGGAAGCUCUUGAGGCAAUGGAAACCCAAAAGAAAAGGGAGGAGUUCAAGGAUGAGGAGAUGGUUGAUGUGAAGUCAUUAGACAUCCGAAACUUCAUCUGAAGUUAUUUUUGUUGCUUGGUGUUUUGAUUCACUUUUUACAAUUGUCAGGAUCCUCAAAUCCAGCUGUGGUUUGAGUUCGAGGUAUUCGCUUGAAUAAAAAGAAAUUUGGAAGCAAGACACGACUUGCUACUGGAUAUAUUUUUUGGUCAUCUGUAUUUUCCAGUCUUUUAUAGAACUGGGGUUUGGCAAUCUAAAGUUCACAAAACUGUCGUUCGUCAA